AUGAAUGAUACACAAUCAAUGGCACGACAACGUGGUAGUGGACCUAAUCAAAACUAUGGAUAUCAACGACAAGGAAGUUUCGGUGGUAAUAUGAGUGGAAGUAGUAGUAGUGGUGGCGGUAGCAGUGGCGGUGGUGGCAGUGGUAAUAAUAGUGGAUAUAAUAGCAACAUGAACCAAUUUGAUGGUCCACCAUCGAGUGAUUACAAUUAUGGUGGAAAUGGUGGUAAUAAUUACCCGAUGAAUAAUCAAAUGGGUGGUGGUAGCGGCGGUGGAAUAAAACGCCCAGUGUCUGUAUCAUUUACUAUGAAAAUACGUGGUGUACCAUUUGAAGCUGGUGAAAAGGAAGUUUUUGAAUUCUUCAGUCCUGUUGUACCUAUUCGACUUGAACAAGAAAAUACUCCACGUGGUAAACCACCAAUAUGGUAUGCUGAAUUUGGUUCACGUGAAGAAGCAACUGAAGCAUUGACGUAUCAUAAAAAAUAUAUGGGAACACGAUAUAUUGAAUUAUUACCAUUAUAUGAUGAUGGCAAUCGAACAAAAAUGGUUCGCACUUGA